CAGAACAGGGCAGAAGCUUCUCUCUCUCUCUUUGUAAUAAAAUGGAUUGGAGCAGCGUAGAUAACACGCCAUUGCCAAACUGUCCUGAGGAUUGUUCCAGUCAGCAAUAUGAUGACAUCCUUAAGGAAACUCUUGCUGUUAUCCUGGAGGAGAUGAAUCCAGUCAGACACAGGGCAGAGGACCUGGCCUUGGCACUGCGUAUACGAGAUGUCCUACCUGAGCGUCCUAAACUGAAAGACGUUAUGAAGGCAUGGCUCAAUCGUCAGUACAAUGUAACGUCACAGGGACCUCCCUCCUGGCGCCUGCUCAUAUCAAAGAUAGCUAGUGAUGUGGGCGGAGCUAAUGUGGCACUGGCUCAGCGUCUCGCCAAGAAGCAUCCAAUUGGCAGUGCAGCUAUUCCCAGUCGUUCCCAGAGUAUCUCAAAUGCUAUGGAGCCUCGUCAAGAGACCUAUGAUCCACAGUUCUCUCGGAAUACCUCCACAACAUCCUUUGGCUCAAUCUCUAGCUCCAAUGACCCACCGUCCCUUGACCGAUUGUCCCUCGACCCCACGAGUACCAGUAGAUCAACCAAUAGCACCAUUGGACCGUUGACCAAUAGCACCAUUGGACCAUUUAGUGUUGCUGAAACUGAGGAGUCCAGUAGCACUAGUGGGACCAAACCCACUUAUUGUGCUACCACGCCCACUACCGGCAGCUAUUAUUCAAGUGGUCGGGAGGAGAACAGACAAGAGGAAGGAGACUCUGUUCAAUCAAGCAACCUUAGCACAGCUCCUAGUCAGCAGGUCAGUGACGGGGCCUCAAUUCAUUCUUCAAUGGCCUCAAGGGGCGGGGUAGGGGGUGGAGCUUGUCUUCCUCACCCACCUGUCAUGCAUCAUCAGACUCCGCCCAUUAUUGCCCCUCCUACUCAGUACAAAACUUCGGAACAUCCAGAACCAGAUCCUGGACAAGACAGGGUUUCACAGACCGAUGGUAAAGGGUUACUCGAUGGGAUUUUACACGUGGGUAGAAAGAAGGAACACCCUCCCAUGCCUACUCCAGCUACGUCUACUCAAAAAGAGGCUCCACCCACACAGCCAGCCCCGCCCACAACUAAAGUAAUCAAACCUUACCCAAUGCAAAAGUACAAUGGUCAUCAUGGCCACGCCCUCAUAAUUAAUAAUAUCGAUAUUGCUGGACAUGAGAAACGUGUUGGAGCUGAGAAUGACGACGAUAAUCUCGUCAAAACAUUUCAGUUGCUUGGGUACAUCUGCUCGCACCAUCGGAACCAAACAGCUGAUGAGAUUCUGGCUCUCAUUGACGGCAUAAUAAAGACUGACCACACCCAUUACAACAGUUUUGUCUGCUGCCUCCUCUCUCAUGGCGACUCCGGUAAAAUCUUUGGCAGCGACAACAAGCCAGUGUACUUGGAUGACAUAAAAGCAGAGAUUGUCGGUAUUCCUUCUCUCCUAGGAAAACCCAAGAUAUUCAUCGUCCAAGCUUGUCGUGGUAUCCACCUCCCUGAAGCCCAUGCUGUGCAAUUUGAUGGUGACACAUCGUCCAAUCGGAUUCUCAUACCGGAUGAGAGCGACGUCUUUUUCGGUUACGCAACCACUCCAAAGACCAAAGCUUGUCGUUUCACUGACAUUGGAUCCUGGUACAUCAUAGAGCUCACUAAAUCUCUCAAGGAACAUUACAAGGAACUGGAUCUUAUCUCAAUGGUCCAGCUGGCUCACUGUGAGGUAGCGACAAAUGAAGAGUAUGUCUAUGAGAGGUACGAAAAGGGUUCUGAUGGUACAAGAAAGAAAAGAAUUUACAAGCAGUCACCCCAAAUGGUCAGUACUCUCAUUCACCCAGUCAGAUUUGAUCAAUAAAACAAAAUUAUUAUUAUUAGUUAGUGGUAGGUUAUCAAGUCUUUCUAUUAAUUUAUAUAUAAAGUUAUCUCUUCUUUAUUGUAGACACUAUGUACCGUGUACAUGUAUUUGUUAUUAUUAUUAUUUGUUUCUGGUGUUGUGUUUUCUUAAUAACGGUAUUAUUAUUAUUAUUGUUGUUUUGUGUAUAACGUUAAAGUUCCUUUUCAAUUUCAAAAUAAGAAA